GGCUUCCUGUGGUGUCUUCUCUUCGUGACACGUCCUCAUUGAGUAUGCAGAAUGGAUAAAGACAGGAAUACUGAGAGUAAUAGAGGAAAAACCAGCAAGAAAAGUGAACAGCAAGCCAGUAAAGGAUCCUGGCUUGGAACAUGUUUGGUCAUCCUCUUAGUAACCUUUGGAUUAUUGAUUGCUGGCAUUAUUAUAAUACCAUCGCCUAUAGAACCAGUGGCAUUUAGCUAUCCCGAACCACUUCCCACUCUUGAAGGUCCUCUUGCACCCAAUGAAGAAUUAYGCAAAACACAGCAUCUUUAUGAAGGACAAGCACUUGCCCCAGAAUCCCUUGCAAUUGAUUCAUCAGGAGUGGUGUAUUCUGGGCUAGCAGAUGGUCGCAUUGUUAAGUUUGUAGAUGGAAAAGUUGUUGAAGUUGCGCGAACAGGAACAUCUAUGCCUUCAUGUGGAUCACUUGAUGUGGAGCAAACUUGUGGUCGUCCUCUUGGUAUGAGAUUUGAUCGAUAUGGAGUUAAUCUGAUCGUUGCUGAUGCAUAUCUGGGAUUACUCAAAGUUGAUGUCUCAAGUGGGGCAGUCAGCACACUUGUGUCUUCAAAAACCGGUGCACAUGGAGAACCAUUUAAAUUUGUUAAUGAUCUUGACAUUGAUCGACAUGGCACUAUAUACUUCACUGAUUCUAGUGCAAAGUGGGAUAGGCGCAAUCAUAAGCUAUCAAUUUUAGAAGGUGAUGMAACUGGAAGACUUCUAGCUUAUCACAAGACAGGAGAACUUGACGUCCUUCUUGAUGAUCUCCAGUUUGCUAAUGGUGUUCAAAUUUCUCAUGAAGGAGAUUCCAUACUUGUUGCUGAAACAACAGCAGCAAGAAUACGCAGGUAUUAUAUCAAAGGCAAAGAUGAAGGCAAAGUAGAGAUUUUCAUGGAGAACCUCCCAGGUCUUCCUGACAACAUUCGCCAAAGCAGUAGUGGUGGAUAUUGGGUUGGAUUAAGUGCUGUAAGAAAGGCACCGUUUGCCAUGCUGGACUUUCUUGCUCCUAAGCCACUCCUUAGGAAGUUUUUAGCAAAGAUAAUUCCCCAAGAGAUGGUCGCCAAGUUUGUUCCAAAAUAUGGCCUAAUAAUUGAAGUUAGUGAAUCAGGGAGAAUUCUGAGAAGCUUCCAUGAUCCUGGUGGCAAAGUGAUAACUGAAGCAAGCGAAGUCCAUGAAGAAGACAAUUACCUUCUUUUAGGUUCUUAUAGAGCUCCUUUUCUUGGAAAACUUAACUUGUAAACUUGUAAACUUUUUAAAACAAUGUGAAAAUGGUAUUUUUGAUAGUUUUUGUACUUGAUUGUUUUGUAAUAAAUAAUAUUUUAGUUCAA